AUGAAGCUGAGCACAUUCAUCGGUGGGCUGAGUGUAUUUGGAUCGAUUGCCUCUGGUGCUUUGCUUGGCUUUGAUGCUGGUCAGGAAUUCAGCAAAGCCAUGCUGGUCUCGCCACAUGCGCCUUUGGAACUAGUCCUAACUCCAGACUCAAAGCGGAAGGACGUGUCGGGUCUCGCAAUAAAGCCAUGGAAGAACGACAUAGAAAGGGUGUAUGGCUCCGGUGUUGACUCAGCGCAUGUUAGGGCGCCAGAGGGCGCUCUACUUCACAUCAAGCCACUCCUAGGCAAGCAAGAAGAGGAGGACUUGACCUUUUAUCAUAAGAGCCACCCUGGUAUAACUUUCGUACCUACCGAAAGAGGUUCUAUAGCAUUGAAGUGUUUCGGGCACGAAUACCCGGUCGAGCAAGUGCUGGCAAUGAACCUCGACGAGACUAUUGGCAGAGCUAAUAAGCUACUGGCCGAGAAAAAUGGCUUAGACGUUGUUGAUUCUCUAGCAAUCACGGUCCCUGAAUUUUUCAAUCAAGACCAAAGGUUGGCGCUCAAAAGCGCUGCAGAGCUUCCUCAUGGUGUCAAAGCCCAACUUGUCAAUGAUGGAAUGUCAGUUGCCAUCGAUUUCGCCCUGAAACAAAGAGAUUUCCCACCUGGAGAAAGAGAAUACUAUGUUUUUUACGAUAUGGGGAGCGGCUCUACGCGGGCCUCCUUGUUUGCAAUUGAACAACCCCUCAACAAGUCAGAGCCUCUGAUGAUCGAAUUUGGAGGAUACGGCUUUGAUACCACCUUAGGCGGAGCCAAAUUCACUCAAAAUGUUGCAGAACUCUUGAAGAAUAAGUUCUUGGAGCAGAAUCCGGCUAUAAGGACCGAGCAACUCGAUCGCAGUGCUAGAUCCUUGGUCAGGAUCCAUCAGGCUGCUGAAAAAGCGAAGCUGGUUUUGAGUGCAAACGUUGAUGCUUCGGUCUCCAUUGAAUCCUUGUACGACGACAUUGAUUUUAAAGCUGUUAUUACAAGACAGGAAUUUGAAGACUUUUCAGAAGAUCUCACCGGCCGAAUUGUACAGCCUAUUGAGGAUGCUUUGAAAAACCAGUUUUUUGAGAACACGGUUGACACAUCCAAUGUUAAGUCCUUAGUGUUGACGGGCGGCUCAACCCGUACUCCAAUCGUCCAAAAACAGCUUACACACUACCUCGGCAGCGAUUUAAUUGCCAGAAAUGUUAACGCAGAUGAGUCAUCCGUUAACGGUGUUACUAUAAGAGGAAUUCAGCUCUUCAAAUCUUUUCAGACAAAGGCCAUUGACAUCUUAGACCGCUCAAUUUUUAGCUACGGUAUCAUUGUCAAUGGAAGCGCAUCUCCAGUCGAGAUAUUUCCUCGGGGAUCGCAGUAUCCCAACAAGACCUCCUUUUUGAUUCCUCCAACUAACUACACACGCGAAUUUUCUAUCGACUUAAAGGAGAACGGAAAUACUUUCAAAAAGCAUGUCAUUGAAACCGGUCCUAUACAGGAGAGAUUUUCGGAAGAAAUUUGUCCACAAGGUGUUGCUUUCAAUGCGACUUUCACGCUUUCACAAGAGAGAAUUUUUGACUUAGACAGUGUUGAAGCCAUUUGCUUGCAUAACUCUAAGAAUUCCACUGGCCUCUUCAAGAAGCUUUUCUCUGGGGGCACUCCAAGACAAGAACAAGAUACUAUAGGGAAAGGCGAUCUUGACGAUAUCGUCCCUCAUAAGGUUAAAAUGCUAAAGACAUCUGAAAGUUUUACACACGUUGGCCCUAUGAGCAUUACAGAAAAGUUGCGCGUCAGGCAGCACAUUGAUGACUUAAAUCAGAAGGAUAAAAUGCGCCUCCAAACUCAAGAACUUCUGAAUGCCUUAGAAAGCAUUCUGUAUAGUACGAGGGCCUUCUUGGAGCAAGAGGAUGUUAUUGCUGGUGGACCAAGACAGGACAUCGAUUCAUUGAGCGAAUAUGUUACAGUCAACUUGGAGUGGCUUGAUUAUGAAUCUGAUGAAGCGUCUGUCGCGGAAUUAAUGGAAAAAAUAGACCACAUUUCUUCACUUAAGGACAAAAUUGAGCUAUAUUUGAUGUCUUCAGGGGAACCCUUAAGUUUUGAGCAGUUUUCGGAGCUGCAUACGAAUGGUAGCAGAUUAGUUCAAGAACUCAGAGGGAUUGAAGUGACUGCUAAUGCGACCUUAGAGGCACUAAAAGACGCUUUCUCAGAAAUCGGCUUAGAUGUUGCUAAAGAGUUCAAGAAACUCAAAGCUCCACGCCACCUCUCAUCGCCAAAUUACAAGCUAAAAGACAAAAUUGAGGCUUUCGAAAAGAAUCUGGCAGAUAUAAGCUCGCUACUAAGCGCCCAAGAUUUUGAUUCCUUUAGCCGAGAGGAACUAUUUGAGUUAAAGCUUAUUUUCGAUUCAUCUUUCGAUGAUCUAAGGAAACGUCUAGAGUUGGAGCAAGCUAUUCAAAAUUUUAAAAUGAAUGAACUGGCAUCAUUACACAGUAGGCGUUUGAGAGUUUUGAAGAAGCGGGAAGAGAGAAGGAAAAGCCAGGAGAGCAGUACCUCAUUAAAUGCUUCGAACUCAACUUUAACUUCCACGACCACAGAAUCUACAAAAUCUGAGGAGGAAGCUUCAAAAGCUGAAGAAUUCACGAUUGACCACGACGAGCUGUGA